GGUAUAUUUUGUGAAAACCAUAUUUGGGCACACUGCACGCUUUACUCACAUGCGAAAGCCGAAAUUUUGUUAAAAUUAUUAACAACCGGUGAACCAACUGUCUCAUUAAACUCGUAAUUCCGAUCUAACACCUGCGGUAACUAAACCAAAAUGGACAAGAAGAGCGCAGCGUUGUACAAAAAGAUGCAGGCCGAGAUUGAGGCGUACCAGAACCUGCAGAAAUCCUGCGUGAAGAUGGUAAAGCAGCGGGCAAUGCUGGAAAGCCAGCUGAACGAGAACAAGUGCGUCCUGGACGAGCUGAAUCUUCUGGGCCCCGACAACAAGGUCUACAAGCUCUUCGGGCCCGUUCUGGUCAAACAGGAGCUGGAGGAGUCGCGCCAGAAUGUCGGAAAGCGCAUGGAGUACAUCUCCAAGGAGCUGAAGAGCUCCACCGACACCCUGGAGAACAUGGAAAAGGACAUGCUGAAGCAUCGGGAAUCCGUGGCCAAGUACCAACAGCAGUGUCAGGUGGCGGCGGCCAUGCAGUAAAGGCCUUCUACCCCCGCACACAUCUAAUUUAUAAAUUAUUUUGGGACAGCUUAGUGGCUUUCGAAACUCUACUGGCACAACUGCUUUAUCUUAAAAUUAAUAAAACCCAUGAAAUCCUUAAAACAGCAUGAUAAUGUGGAUUCAGUGGAUGCAUUAAAACAUUAACUAUAUUAUUUUCAAAAAAA